ACGCCGAAUCCAGGAGAGAGGCAAACAGGGUGUUGGGAGGGACACGGAGAGUGAACAGUAUGAAGUUCACCGACUCGCCGGUGAUCGAGCUCCCCGUGCGCGGCUCCGUCCUCUCUCUCCAGCAAGAUAACGGCUCCAUCCACGUAGGAACCUCCGUUUGGCCUUGUUCUCUCGUCCUCGUCAAAUUCGUCGACCGCUGGGCCCCGCCCCUUCCUGCGGACCUCAACACUCCCAACCCUUACUCCGACCUCCUUGAUUUCGGAUCCAAACGCGCCGUCGAAAUCGGCACCGGAUGCGGCGUUGCCGGCAUGGGACUCUACCUAUUGGGUCUCACCGACAUCGUUCUCACUGACAUAGCCCCUGUCAUGCCCGCACUCAAACGCAACCUUAAAAUCAACAAGCCUGUCCUCGGCAAGAACCUCAAAUACUCGACUCUUUAUUGGAACAAUCUCGAUCAAAUCAGGGCUCUUAAUCCACCCUUCGACUUCGUUGUCGCUACCGACGUCGUUUAUAUUGAAGAAUCCGUGGCUCAACUGGUCUCCGCCAUGGAGGCCCUUCUCGCUGCUAACGGCGUCGUUUUGCUCGGUUACCAGUUAAGGUCCCCUGAGGCACACAAGCUUUUCUGGGAACUGUGUGAGGAAGUGUUUACGAUCGAAAAAGUUCCUCACGAGCACCUUCAUCCUGAAUAUGCAUAUGAGGAAACCGACGUUUAUGUACUGAGGAAGAAGAAAAAACAAAUGUAGCUACUGUGGAGACAUAACUAGGAAGAAUUAUAGUCCCAGGCGAGUGUUUUCACUUAUAAUGCGAAAGAAGCCUAUGGGAGGAGAGACCAUGAGCUUUGGUUCAGGUGCUUACCCAACUGUUUCGUGCUUUGCUUCCUUUCCAAAAGGUUGUCAUGGUUUUCCUCAUCAAAGUCAGGUGUAGGAGAUCUGCUUCUUUGUUGGUCUUAUAUUUGAAUGUGAACGAAUUAAAAAUUGAACUGAUGAAGCUGGACUCUGACAUGAUUGUCAUAUUAAAAUAGCAUAUGAACAUUUUGGAUUAUGUUUGAAUCUAUUAGUAUUUAUUGUCAAACCCACGAUUGUAGUCGGAACUUGAUAAGGUCAGAGCAAACGAUUGCAUGUUGCUGAUAAAA